GCCUCUCUUCCCACACAAAUCUCAAGCUCAUCCCUUCCUGCAGAAUAUUGCACUUCUACAAAAGUCCACGCUUCCCAGGAGGUGCUGGGGAGUAAAAAAAUCAUCCUGUACCCUUCAGGGUUCUUUGACCUGGUCUAAUAAAUUAACGUAAGACAGAUUAGCAGAAGAAAACUAAUUUUGUGUCUAUAGGAACCCCACAUACGUGAGAGCUUAGGGACAGUCAAAAGCAAGUUUUGGGGACCUAAAGCUUUGAAGGGGAGCAGGGAAAUUCACAGGAUGAUGAGACUGUCAAAUAUUGGUAAUUAAAUGUUUACCCUGCCAUGUGGGUAGGCCAUAAACAUUUAUUUGGGGAAAUAACUCAUGGCAAGGCCCCCAUCUAAAUUCUUGGUGGUAAAGGGAGACACAAAAGUUUCUCAACCCUUCAGGGUCUCAGUCGCCUUCGGCACAAAACAAUCUGCAUGCCAAAAGUGGAGGCUGUUCUGAAUCCCUUUCUGGGAUAGUGGGAAAGCCACCCCCAGCUCUCUGAGAACUGGCCCAACAGGUCUCAGGGCUGUUUGUGGGCCAUCUGUUUAGGGGAACCAGCAACUGCCUAGUCUCUGUUUUUCUUCCUCCUUCCCUUCUGUCUUUCUCAGGGUUCAUCAGCUCCUCCAGAGUUUACCUCAUGCAUUGUUUUCUCUCAAGAGUGAAUGCCCAUCAAUAAUGAAACUUUCCUCUCUACCCUGUAUUUCCAGGCAGGAUCUUCAGUUUAUUUGGAUCAUUUCUGUUUUCACUUAAGCCUUGCUGCUUUACGACAUAACUUUGUCUUACAACAAUUCUUCUCCCACAACAUGUAUCAGAAACAGUUACAGUCAGGUGUAAUAGUAUCAGUGUUGUAAUACCAGAAGUCACAAUUCCCACUAGACAUUUCCAUGCCUGGAGGUAUUUUUCUGGAGUUAGAGAAAAGGGGAGUCCCCUCAUCAGCUAUUUUUCACAGAAUGGUGAUGGCAUCACCUCUCAGCCCCACCUCCUCCUUACCCCCAGGUGGCCCCAAAUCCCCUCUGAAAGGGUGCUGGUUCAGGUAUCAGCAUGGCAACCUCUAAGUCUUGGGGUGGGGGUGGAAAGGGGAGGGUAUAGAAGGCUUAGAUCAAAUGUCCUGAGUGAGGCAAGCCCAGAUUGUCCCCAAGACAAGCAACUGGGAAGUCACUAUCAUAGACUGCCCCAUUUUGGAUUGAGCCAGUCCCAGCAUGAACUAAGACUGUCCACAGACUUGAAUUAGUCAUGGGACUGAAGAGGAGGAGAAGAUAGAGCACUGGCUGCGCCUGGCAGGGAGUCUGGAGUUUCUGGUUUCCAAGAUUAGGAAGGCUUGAGGCAGGGGAGGGGCCUGCGGGCAAGGGCAGGGCCCCAGUCACCUAUGCAAGGUAGCACAAGCCGAGGCGGCACAGAGCAGAAAGAGGAAUCCAACAGACUUCUGGAACUCAGGAAGUGGACCCUCCGGCUUUGACCACCCAAGACACUACUCCUGCUCCAAAGACUGUAACUCCAUUUGUCAUUCUGAAGUCCCUGCUCACCCUGUACCCCAAGGAUGGAACCACUGCUAGGGGUAAAAAUUGGCUGUCUAUUUGCUCUGCUGGUCCUCACUCUGCUCUGUGGCCUGAUUCCCAUCUGCUUCAAAUGGUUCAAGAUUGAUGCAGCCACAGGUCGUCACCGCCGAGUCCUCAGCCUCCUUGGCUGCAUUUCUGCCGGUGUUUUCCUGGGAGCAGGGCUUAUGCACAUGACCGCUGAAGCCCUGGAGGGAAUUGAGUCAGAGAUCCAGAGGCUCAUGGAGAAGAACAGGACGGAAAGUAAGGGAAAGCCUGAUGAUCCUGAUUCGGCACAUAUGCAGUACCCCUAUGGAGAGCUCGUCAUCUCCCUGGGCUUCUUCUUCAUCUUCCUGUUGGAGUCGCUGGUGUUACAGUGCUGUCCCGGGACCGCUGAAGGAUCGACAGUGCAAGAGGAGGAGUGGGGUGGUGCUCAUGUCCUUCACCUCCACAGCCACGGACCUCUACCCCCGCCUUCUCAGGGUCCCCUUCGAGCCCUUGUCCUCUUGCUCUCACUCUCCUUUCACUCAGUGUUUGAAGGGCUGGCUGUGGGGCUGCAGCCCACAGUCGCAUCUACCGUGCAGCUCUGUCUUGCAGUCCUCGCUCACAAGGGGCUUGUGGUGUUCGGGGUAGGGCUGCGGCUGGUGAGGAUAGGCACCCAGUCACGGUGGGCCAUGUUCUCCAUCCUGUCAUUAGCUCUCAUGUCCCCCCUGGGCCUGGCAGUAGGGCUGGCUGUGGCUCAAGGAGAUGCUGAAGGGGGCCGAGGCUUAGCCCAGGCUGUGUUAGAGGGGGUGGCAGCUGGCACCUUUCUGUAUGUUACCUUCCUAGAAAUUCUGCCCCGGGAGCUAGCUGGUUCUGAGAUCCCUCUGGCCAAGUGGGCCUGUGUAGCUGCUGGUUUUGCUUUCAUGGCUUUUAUUGCCUUGUGGGCCUGAGAGAUUCCUCACUUUCCUGAUUCCCCACCUCCAGGGAACAUGUGCCAAAUGGUUUCGACCGCAGACUUUUCUUCUCUGACACUAAGUGACUUUCAUUAGGCAUCUGGCGCCUUCCUGCUUCUCCAAGCAUGUUGCAUCCGCAUAAGCUGGACCCCAGUUUUUCCCUACAUGAGAUGCCAUUUCUCAUCGAGGACUGAAAGAAAAGGAUGUUUAAGUUAAGCUCCUAUAUACUGGAGAAUUAACAUGAAGACCGUCACUCCAGAUUUGACUCUUGUCCCAAAUAUGCUGCUGUGUGUAAUAAAAUGCCAUUUUACCGUUCCCUCAGCCAUGUUAUACAUUAUUUCUGUGGUUGUCUAGAUG